UGCAGCCAUCAGGGCUCCAACAACUGCACCUACAGGAACUUCACCAGCGCGGCGCAGGCGGUGACCGAGUGGUACAUCCUGCAGUCCACGAGCAUCCUCUCCAAAGUCCCGCUGCAAGAGAGAAUCAGGAUGGGCUACCAGGCAGAAGACAUGAUCCUGGCAUGUCUCUAUGGGGCCGAACCCUGCAACUACAAGAAUUUCACCCAAAUCUAUCACCCAGACCACGGUAACUGCUACAUCUUUAACUGGGGCAUGGACGAAGAGGCUUUGAAUUCUUCCAACCCCGGAGCCGAGUUUGGGCUGAAGUUAAUUCUGGACAUCAGCCAGCAAGACUACAUCCCCUACCUGUCGUCCGCCGCCGGGGCCAGGCUCAUGCUGCACCAACAGAAGAGCUUCCCCUUCCUUAAGGAUCAGGGCAUCUACGCAAUGGCCGGGACAGAAACCUCCAUCGGCGUGUUAGUGGAUGAACUGGAACGGAUGGGCUAUCCCUACAGUGACUGCACCGUGAACGGGUCUGAUGUCCCCGUAAAAAAUCUCUACAGCCAAUAUAAUACUUCCUAUUCCAUACAGGCUUGCCUGCGCUCCUGUUUCCAAAAUCACAUGAUUGAAAUCUGCGGAUGCGGUCACUACAUGUUCCCUUUACCUGAAGGGGUGAAUUACUGCAAUAACGAAGAUAACCCAGGUUGGG